AUGUACCAUGUGUUCUGGGUCUUUGCAACCUACAAGUCAAUUUUCUGGCCGGAGGAUGGCCAGGAAAUGGCUCGAGAAGCCCUUGGGGACACCGUCCACUUGCGUCAGGCGCUGGCAGACGAGAAGGCGGAACGCGCCAGAGACAGGCUGCAGUUGGACACCAUCUCCCGGGAGAUCAACACAAUGCAGGCUUUGCUCAGAGAGGCAACCGCUGGCAGCAGCCUCAAGGCCAAUCAGCCCAGUCCGCGCCCGGCGGGCGCCCCAGUAAAAAAGAACAAUCCGGGCAAAACCCGGCGAGGCCCGGAGAGCAGCGCUUUGCUACAUGAGACCGACCAGUGUCUCAUGGCACCGCGCUUCCGCGCGCUUCCGCGCCGCGUUUCGGCGCUCGGGGCUCGGGGCGCCACCGGCGUUCUGCUGCUGUCUGCCUUUGCGUUUGAGGCGCGCAGGAUGCACCCAACCCGCUUCACAGGGCAAUCGGCGGCCGUGAUCGAGAAAGACAACCUGCCGGAGGAGCGCUUGGUGCAGGUGCUCGAUCAAGUGGUCCAAGGUGUGCUGAAAGCUCCGCCUGCCACGGCGGCCGGGACUCCUGCAGCCAUCAUGGAGACCUUGUGCCUGUCCCACCCCCGGUACCGAGACUGGGCGGAGUUCCGGGCCAUGAAGGCAGAAGAGAAGCGGCUUCACGAAGAAUUGGAGUCGAUGAAGAACAAGGCGAAGCCGGCGGCCGCCACGGCGAUCCGGGGCAGGACCAAAGACGUGAAGGAUGAAGCCCUGGUCACCAUCUUCAUCUCCGAAUGGUCGAGAUGA